GCAAUUCGAUAAUGUAAAAUAUCCGAUUUCGGGGGGUCUUCCCUUCUGGACCUACGCUAGAAACGCUGUAGCAGCCCGAAAAACGUGUUCUUGAAUCGGACCGUUGGGCUUGCGCCUCUUCAAAACAAUGUUUCAAGUGUAGGCCAAGCAUGCAAGCGCAAUAAAGAAGGGACGAUCGCGCUUAUUAUACACAGGGAGCCAUUAGUGUACAUAAAGCACUACUGCCCGCAAGAAAAAGGACAAUUCCAGAUUCGUUUCCCUACAAUGUUGCCAACCCAAACGUUGUUGUUCCCGUUUUUCGGCGGAGCUGCGGCUGCAGCGAACCUUUACGCCUCCCACUAUUCUGGAUCUAUCACGCACCUGACUUUCAACAGCAAUUCUUUGGCGAUUGUGAGCUCAGAAAAAACAGGUCAGACAUUGCCCAGUUGGAUCACGUAUGAUUCUGUCGGCAAGAAACUCUACGUCCCCGACGAGAAUUUCCUCAAUGGGAACGCAGUACUUGUAUCUUACUCCACCAACGCCAAGGGUGCUCUGACCAAGACGGGGAAUACCACAACUCCGAAUGGUGGGGUAUCCACAGUCCUGUACGGUGGGAAAGAUGGCAGGGGCUUCAUCGCCACUGCACACUACCAGACCGCUCAAAUAUCGACAUACAAACUGCCUCUGAAAGAUGGCAAGCCACUCCAGACUGUGGAGUACACCCUCGAUGGCCCUGGCGCGAACCCGGAUCGCCAGGAGGCACCCCACCCACAUCAAGUCCUUGUCGACCCAACUGGCGAGUUCUUGCUUGUGCCCGAUCUCGGCUCCGACAAGAUUCACAUCAACAAAAUCGACAAGAAGUCCGGCAAACUCACCCCAUGCCCAUCCACAAAGACAAUUUUCGGCGCAGGUCCUCGCCACGCGGCUUUCUGGUCGCCUUCUUACUCCAAAACAAGAGUCGCGCCUGGCGCGGGCACUGUCCUCUACGUUGCUAAUGAGCUCUCCAAUACCGUGACAGGGUGGAGUGUAUCGUAUCCUCACGGCGGCUGCUUGAGCCUGACGCAGGGGCAAAGCAUUACGCCCUACAAAGGCAAUAGUUCCGCGCCCGUUGGUACAAGUCUGGGUGAGAUCAGAGUCCAAGGUAACUUCCUGUACACGUCCAACCGCGCCGAUCAGUCUUUCAAGCCCUACGACUCCCUGACUCAGUACACCAUCGCGUCUAAUGGCGCACUAGCCUGGACUGCGCUUACGUCCUCGUACGGGUUGUUGCCGCGUAGCUUCGAGAUCAACAAGGCGGGAGACUAUGUGGCGAUCGGCGGUCAGACAUCGGACAACGUCGCUAUUGUGAAGCGCGACGUUGCGACGGGGAGGCUGGGCGCGCUUGUAGCGAACGUGACCGUUACUGGGCCGUUGGAUCCUAAUUCAGGCGGUGCGGGUCUCAACACUGUUAUAUGGGCGGAGUAGAAGCUCUCAAGCGGGACUCAUGUUUGAGAUAAGAGGCAGUCCCGUAGUCAUGAUCAUUACUGUUAAUCGAGCAUUCUGGUAUGUUCGGGAUACAUGAACACCAGCUGACUGUAUGCGAUUAUGCGAUUAUGCGUAAAAUUUAUCUACAUUACCAUUAGCAGGUCAAUCUCGUAUCUACCUAGGUGCUUACCCUGAUAGUCUGG